GCUGGAGCUCGCGCUCAGUCUGUCGCUGAACCACCAGAACGUCCCGGAAGAGACUCGGCGCGUGCAGUGUGUGCAGGUGAGCCUCGUACCUGUUCACAAAGCAACAAACACGGAGACAACAUGGGGACGACAGCCGGGAUGCGAACUGACGGACACCCGCUCCUAACACGACUACAGAGCUGGCUGGAGAUCUGUAUUUGAUCCAACAUCCUGAUACACGCUGCGUUCGCCAGACACGCUGCCAGAGCUUACACAUGCAAUAAGAUGACACUUCACCCAGCAUGACCACCUUCAAAACUAUAUAUAGAGGUCUGUCACGAAUGCUGAUCUUUAACGUUAACCAACAGACCCAGUGAACAAAAGGAGCAGGCCGACCACCACCACCACCAUCAUCAUCCUCCACCAUGGCGAGCCAGGACUCUGAAAACCCUUCGCACGCUGCAUUCGAAGACUUUGUCCAGGCGCAGACUUGUAAAGAUGUGAAGCAUCAUUUCGCUGAGCUCUGCAAGCAUCUGGAAAUCAAUCCCAAGGAUUUCAGGAGCUUUUACGCCAAGUUAAAGGAAAGACUGAACUACUGGAAGGCCAAAGCCCUGUGGACCAAACUGGACAAAAGAGCAGCUCAUCCUGAUUACCAGCAAGGAAAAGUCUGCGCCAAGAACAAGUGCCUCGUGUUGGGUGCUGGGCCAUGUGGGCUGAGAACUGCCAUCGAGCUGGCCCUGCUGGGGGCUCAGGUGGUGGUGCUGGAGAAGAGAGAGUCUUUCUCCAGGAACAAUGUUCUCCACCUGUGGCCCUUCACCAUUUGUGACCUCCGCGUGCUCGGAGCCAAGAAGUUCUACGGCAAAUUCUGCUCCGGGUCACUGGAUCACAUCAGCAUCCGUCAGCUGCAGUUGAUUCUGUUAAAGGUGUCGCUCCUCCUCGGGGUGGAGGUGCACACGGGAGUGGAGUUUCAGGGCUUGAUCGAGCCCUCAGGGGAAAACGGUUGGAUGGCCAAACUGCACCCUGGGUCUCAUCCUGCCGCGUCCUUUCAGUUUGACGUGUUCAUCUCUGCUGGAGGAGGCAGGUUCGUCCCUGAUGGGUUUAAGCACAAGGAGCUGAGAGGGAAGCUGGCCAUCGGCAUCACAGCCAACUUCGUCAACAGAAACACGGCUGCUGAGGCCCAAGUGGCGGAGAUCAGCGGCGUGGCACGCAUCUACAACCAGAAGUUCUUCCAAGACUUGCUCACUGAGACGGGUAUCGAUUUGGAGAAUAUUGUCUACUAUAAAGACGAAACCCACUACUUUGUCAUGACUGCCAAGAAGAAGAGCUUGCUGAAGAAGGGGGUCAUUAAACAGGACUACAGCGAUGCAGAGGAGCUGCUGGCUCCUGCAAACGUGGAUCACGAGGCUUUGUGCCACUAUGCCCACGAUGCUGCGUACUUCUCCACAGGUGGCAAACUGCCUGACCUUGAGUUUGCUAAGAACCAUGCCGGCAAGCCUGACGUGGCGAUGUUCGACUUCACCUGCAUGCACCGUGCUGAGAAUGCCUCUCUGGUCAGGGAGAGGAGGGGGAAGAAGUUGUUGAUGGGUCUUGUUGGAGAUUGCCUGGUGGAGCCCUUCUGGCCUCUGGGUACAGGUAUCGCCCGUGGCUUUCUAGCUGCCUUUGACACAGCGUGGAUGGUGAGGAGCUGGGGCAUGGGGGUCCCCCAUCUCAAGGUCCUCGCUGAGCGAGAAAGUGCCUACCAGGUCCUGUCCCAGACCACGCCAGAAAACACCAGCAAAAACUACGCCAGUUACAGCAUCAACCCCAAAUCACGGUACACGAGAGUGAACCUGUCCUCCAUCCUCAGCCACCAGGUGCAGCACCUUUAUGAUGUUGAUAAAUCCAAUCCAUCCAGCAAGAAACAGAACAAGUCCUCGUGCAUGCGUCAAGAUUCAGGCGGCGGUUUUGAGGAGUUGUUGAAAUGGUGCCAGAAACACACGACGGGUUAUAAGAAUGUGGAUGUGAAAGAUCUGACCCAGUCCUGGAGGUCGGGUCUGGCCCUGUGCGCUCUGAUCCACCACUUCAGACCCCAGCUCAUUGACAUGUCCUCCCUGGAUGAAUCCAGCGCUGUUCACAACAACCAGCUGGCUUUUAGCAUCUUGGAGAAGGAGCUGGGCAUCCCACCUGUCAUGUCGGCCAGUGACUUGGCCAAUACCGGUCAGAUAGACAAGCUGUCCAUGGUCCUCUACCUCACACAGAUCCAAAAGGCCUUCACUGCGCCAGCGAAAGAACCCGCUGCCUUCCUGCCGUCGUCCAAGCCUCUGACUCUCUCCCAGACGCAGGCAGCUGUCUUUUUCCUGAACAAGCUGAAGCACAACUCUCUGCAAAGACGCAAGGAGAAGCUGGCAUCUGAGAAACGAACAAGAGAGACAAAGAGGAUGGGAGAUGAGGACAGUACGGCGGUGUCUCCUGUGUCCCCUGAGCUCAGCCCUGCUCCUGCUCCUGAGCCUGAGCCUGAGCCCGAGUCCGAGCCUGAAGCUGCCACCGUUGUGCCGAUGACCACCAGUGAGGAGUGUUACUUCUGUGGUCAGAGGGUCUACGUGCUGGAGCGCAUCAGUGCUGAGGGCAAGUUCUUCCAUCGGAGCUGCUUCACCUGCCAUCAGUGCAGCAUCACGCUCAGACUGGGAGGAUACACCUUUGAUCAGACUACAGGGAGGUUUUACUGUGAGCAGCACUCAGAAGAUCUGGAGCUGGCAAACGGGGCUGAACCAUCUCGUAAGCAGGAUAGUGAAGGAAAUCUCAAAGGGGCGGAAGAGGAGCUCCAGAUUUCCAGCGAUGAAUAUGCACCGUCUGGAUCAGAUGACGAGUAUGAGCACACUCUGGACUGUGGUCCCUCUGGUCACACACAGCCACAUAAACCUGAGGGACAGGACCACCAUAUACCUAAAUCCAAAGAUGAGUCUCUAGAACCAAAUCCAUCAAAUAGGCUCACAGAUACCCCAUCGAAAACUGGGGUAGCAGCACCCACUGAGGAGGAGACGGAGGAGUUCAAGGUACCCUUUCCUGUCCCCAAGCCCCGCUUCUCUCGGCAGACAACACCCAGCCCUCAGCCCUCUCCUCCAACAGCAAAACCUCGCACGCUCCACAUUCUUAACCCCUCCACCCCCGAAAAACAUUCAUCUCCAACCCCUACAAAAGAGAUCUCCAAGCCAGCACCUGACUCCCGCCCGAAGCAGUCGCUCCGGAAGCUUCAGCUCACCGAUGAGGAGAAAACACAGCUGGUAAAUCUUCAGAGCUUCAGCGCAGACUCUGAUUCAGAGACGCCUGGAGGAUCUUCCUCCUGCUCUUCUUCCUCUGCAACUGCAGGAGGUCCAAGCCCACCUAAACCGGAGGGCCUGGACGGUCAAGAAGAAGAGGGCUACUGGAGCGGGAGCACCGCUGGUCACAUCCGGGAGAAGAGGAAUCGUCGCUGCUUCAGGAGGAAAGAGAUGCCGAGCGGGCAGACCAGAGUGCGAUCCAAGUUCUCCCCCUGGAAUCUCUCGUCUCCGAGGAUCAGCAGAGACACCCGGCUCAGCGUCCUGGUCAGUCAGCCAGGGAGAGUCGAAACAACAUUCAGACACGUUCACAGCGCCUCAGAAGAGGGUGUCGAUGGAGAUGACGACGACGACGAUGACGACGACGAUGAUGAGAUGUUUGAACAAGAUGCUGACUUAUUUGAUGAGAAAUUUCAGACAUUGCCAACCGACCCUGUUGAGGCUGAGAGGAUGGAGUUGAUGAAGAUGAGGACACUUGAGCGGCGAGCAAAGAUGAGCGAAUUACAGCGGCUGCGUAAAGCCCAGUCCAUCCAGAGGAGGCUGGAGGAGAUCGAGGUGGCUUUUAAGGAUUUGGAGGGAAAGGGUGUAGAGCUGGAGCAAACCCUGCGAGGAGAGGCUGGCAGCGGCGGCUCUCCCGACAUGAUCGAGCAGUGGAUCCAACUCGUCCACGAGAAGAACGCGUUGGUCUCUGAGGAGUCGGACCUCAUGGUGGCGUCUCGACAGCUGGAGCUCGAGGACAAGCAGAGCACGCUGGAGUUGGAGCUCAGGAAAUUCAUGGAGCUGGAUGACAAGACCUCCGAGCAGCAGGCAGAGGAGGAUCGGGUCCUCCAGCAGCUGAUCGAGGUGGUGGACAUGAGGGACUCCUUGGUGUUGUUCCUGGAGGAGAAGAGGCUGAAGGAGAUGAGCGAGGAGCAGGAGGCCUUCUCCAUCAGGGAGGCUAAACGCCACUCCAAGGCAGGAGCUCAGGUUCACUGGGAGUAAGGCUUUCACGCACACAUAUACUCAGCAUGACCCUGUACGUACUGCGCAGUAGAUCACGUCGGCUGUAUGUGAGACUUGCUGCUUUUCAGACUUGGAACCUGAAACUUUUUGAGAAGCCAAAGAUGCGACAGAAUCGUUGAGGAGGGUGACCCGCCACAAGCGCUCCCUCUUUGUCGAACGUGGGAUAAAGGGUUUUGGGCUUAAGGGGCCACAGGCUGAGUGAAUAUAAGUUGCAAUCCGCCCCCUAGAGGGAGACAUAAGCUUGGAGAUCUGAGAGCUGAGCAACUCUUCGGCUAAGCCCCGCCUGACGUGAUAAGAGGAGGUCACAGCAGCGGAUCACAUAUGAGAGAGGACUUUUUAAUGUCUGCUGCACUAUUUAACAACCACCACACAGCAGAUUAUCGUCAUCCAACCUCAGACUUGGUGUCAGAAACAUGUGACUGAGUGCAAAUAAGCCAAGACUUUAGUGGAGGAGCCUGCUGUAGACGGCUCUGGAGCCUUAGCGACGGAUCUUGAAUAUUGAAAACAGAAAUAGAUUGUGUUUUUUGAAAAUUCUUCAAUGUUCAUGUUGAUUUUACUUGUGACAUCACGAAUAAGUGCUUCUGUAAGAUACAUACCGUAAUUCUAUGUUAUUUGUAUACUGAAUAAAUUCUAGAAAAUACGUCGGUGGAGAAAAAGCAAAGAGGUAGUGAAAUAUUAGAAUUAUUAAAUUCCGUUAUAAUUGCUGAUUAUAAACACUUUUCAUUUAUGAAUUUUAUGAAUUUUUGUAGCACUUCCUGCUGUUCACCAUGUCCUUCCUUUCCUGAUAGCAUGUUGGAUAGUUAAUCUCAGGGGUUGAUUGUUCAGUCCUCUAGGAUCAGAUCUGUGGUGGUGGUGUAUUAUAUGAACACAAGGGAUUUAAAGGAGUGAAAGAAAAACAGACUUAACAGACUGGUUGUUCAUCUAUUUAUACUUUAAAAAAAAAGAAAAAAGAAAAUGCCAUCCUUUUAUCAUUUGCAGCUGUUCCAUGUGCUGACAGAAUAGCCAAAAAUCAAGACAAGAACCAGUUUGUUGGUAGUGAAAAGGAGCCUUAUAUAUCUAUUGUUCUGCUGCCAUUUUGUGCCACCUGGGUGGCACUUCACAGUAUAUCAAAUAAAGAUCAUGCACUUUAAUGUU